CCCGGGGCGGUGCUGGGCCCGCCCGCCGCUAGCCCCGCUCUGCUCAGUCGGGAGCCCUGCGGCGGAGGGUGACACCAUGGCUCGCGUGCUCAGCCGGGACCCGGUGGACAUUGAGUUUCAUCAGCCAGAGAUGAACCUUCUGGGUUUAAAUCCCCGUAUGCAAACUCAUGCAACUCUUUGUUCAAGUACGGUAAAGAAACAAGACAAGAAACAUUGGAAAAGGAAUGCUGAUAAGAGCAGUUCAAACUGUGAGAUGCUAGAAAAUAAUUUUGAUGACAUCAAGCAUACAACUCUUAGUGAACGUGGGGCACUUCGAGAAGCAAUGAGGUGCUUAAAGUGUGCAGAUGCCCCCUGUCAGAAGAGCUGCCCGACUAAUCUAGACAUCAAGUCAUUUAUCACAAGUAUUGCAAACAAGAACUAUUAUGGAGCUGCCAAAAUGAUUCUUUCUGACAACCCACUGGGCCUGACAUGCGGAAUGGUAUGUCCAACCUCAGAUCUUUGUGUAGGUGGAUGCAAUUUAUUUGCUACAGAGGAGGGACCAAUUAAUAUUGGUGGAUUGCAGCAGUUUGCUACUGAGGUGUUCAAAGCUAUGAAUAUUCCUCAGAUUAGAAGCCCUUCCUUACCUCCCCAAGCAGAGAUACCUGAAGCCUACCAUGCAAAGAUAGCUCUCUUUGGUGCUGGGCCUGCAAGUAUAAGUUGUGCUUCUUUUUUGGCUCGAUUAGGUUACUCAGACAUCACCAUAUUUGAAAAACAGGAAUACAUUGGUGGCUUAAGUACAUCUGAAAUCCCUCAAUUCCGGUUGCCAUAUGAUGUAGUGAAUUUUGAAGCUGAGCUUAUGAAGGACCUUGGAGUGAAGAUAGUUUGUAGUAAAGGCCUUGGAAUAGAAGGAAUGACAAUCAACACCUUGAAGGAAGAUGGCUACAAAGCAGUCUUCAUUGGAAUAGGUUUACCAGAGCCAAACAAAGAUGGCAUAUUCCAAGGAUUAAGAAUGGAUCAAGGUUUCUACACUUCUAAAGACUUUCUACCACUGGUAGCAAUGGCAAGUAAACCAGGAAUGUGUGCCUGUCACUCUCCAUUGCCAUUGAUACAGGGAACUGUAAUUGUACUUGGAGCAGGAGACACUGCUUUUGAUUGUGCAACAUCUGCUUUACGCUGUGGAGCUCGCCGUGUAUUUGUGGCCUUCAGAAAGGGAUUCACUAAUAUCAGGGCUGUCCCUGAGGAGAUGGAACUUGCAAAAGAAGAAAAGUGUGAAUUUCUGCCUUUCCUCUCGCCUCGGAAAGUUGUAGUGAAAGGCGGACGAAUUAUUGCUAUGGAAUUUGUUAGAACUGAGCAAGCUGAAGCUGGACACUGGAUUGAAGAUGAGGAUCAGAUUGUCCGUUUGAAAACAGAUGUGGUGAUCAGUGCCUUUGGUUCAGUUUUAGGUGACCCUAAAGUAAAAGAAGCCAUGAAUCCUAUCCAGUUUAAUAGAUGGGGUCUUCCUGAAGUGGAUCCAGAGACCAUGCAAACCAGUGAACCAUGGGUUUUUGCCGGUGGUGACAUUGGAGGUUUAGCUAACACUACAGUCGAAUCAGUGAACGAUGGAAAACAAGCUUCCUGGUAUAUGCACAGAUACAUACAGUCUUUAUACGGUGCUGCAGUUUCUACUACUCCAGAAUUACCUCUCUUCUAUACUCCUAUUGAUUUGGUAGACAUCAGUGUAGAAGUGGCUGGACUGAAGUUUCCAAAUCCCUUUGGUCUUGCCAGUGCAACUCCAACUACUAGUUCCCCAAUGAUUCGAAGAGCAUUUGAAGCAGGAUGGGGAUUUGCUCUGACCAAAACAUUCUCCCUCGAUAAGGACAUUGUUACCAAUGUUUCUCCAAGAAUUAUACGUGGAAUUACAUCAGGCCCCAUAUAUGGCCCAGGUCAAGGCUCUUUCCUAAAUAUUGAGCUUAUCAGUGAGAAAACUGCAGAAUAUUGGUGUAAAAGUGUCACUGAACUGAAGGCUGACUUUCCCAACCAAAUUGUAAUUGCCAGUAUCAUGUGCAGCUACAACAAGGAUGACUGGACUGAACUUUCAAAAAUGGCUGAGGCUUCCGGUGCAGAUGCCUUGGAGUUAAAUUUAUCAUGUCCUCAUGGCAUGGGGGAGAGAGGCAUGGGCCUGGCCUGUGGGCAGAAUCCAGAACUAGUCCGAAACAUCUGUCGCUGGGUUAGACAAGCUGUUCAGAUUCCUUUCUUCGCAAAGCUGACCCCAAAUGUCACUGAUAUUGUGAAUAUUGCAGUGGCUGCCCAGGAAGGUGGUGCAGAUGGUGUUACAGCCACAAACACUGUGUCAGGACUGAUGGGACUGAAAGCAGAUUGCACACCUUGGCCUGCAGUUGGUGGAGAAAAGAAGACCACAUAUGGCGGCGUGUCUGGAAGUGCUAUUAGGCCCAUAGCCCUGCGAGCAGUAUCUGCUAUAGCUCAUGCUCUUCCAGGACUUCCCAUCCUAGCAACUGGAGGAAUUGAUUCAGCUGAGAGUGGGCUGCAAUUUCUCCACAGUGGUGCUUCUGUUCUACAGGUGUGCAGUGCAGUACAGAAUCAAGAUUUCACUGUGAUUGAGGACUACUGCACAGGACUAAGAGCCCUACUUUAUCUGAAAAGCAUUGAGGAGCUUCAAGACUGGGAUGGACAGAGUCCUGCAACCAUGUGCCAUCAGAAAGGAAAGCCAGUACCCAAAAUUGCUGAUCUGAUUGGAAAGAAACUGCCUAGUUUUGGACCUUACCUUGAGCAGCGCAAAAAGAUAAUAGCCAAGAACAAGAUUAAACUGAAGCAGCAAGCCACAACUGUUGUACUGCCUGAGAAAAAGCAUUUUAUUCCCAAGAAGCCCAUUCCAGCAGUCAAGGAUGUAAUUGGAAAAGCACUGCAGUACAUUGGAACAUAUGGUGAGCUUAGCAACACAGAGCAAGUUGUGGCUCUGAUUGACAAGGAAAUGUGCAUCAACUGUGGCAAAUGCUACAUGACCUGUAAUGAUUCUGGCUACCAGGCUAUACAGUUUGAUCCAGAAACCCACCUGCCCACUGUUACUGACAGUUGUACAGGAUGCAAUCUCUGUCUCAGUGUCUGCCCUAUUAUUGACUGCAUCAGAAUGGUUGCCAGGACAACACCUUAUGAACCAAAGAGAGGCCUGCCCUUAGCUGUGAACCCAAUGUGUUGAGGUGAUCAGUCCAGCAAUUAAUGUGAACUUUACAUUUCCUUGAUGCGGUAAUUUGCUUUCCAAUUAGUACUUGAAAUUUUAACUGUAUUAAAAUACGUAGUGUUGAUAGUCCUUAUAAUGACGGCUGUUUUGUCCAGUGAUUAUUUUAAGGCAAACUAUUUUCUUAGAUUUCAGAGCAGCAACAGUUAGUCAGUUAUUAGCUGUCAGUUGUCCAUUAUGUAAAGCGCAACUUUUUCUUUUGCAAAUUUCUGUAUUUGAUGUUUAAUCUUUGUAGAGUUUCUAGUUUUAAACAUAAUUAAGUGAGCAUUUUUUAACUGACUACCGUUCAACAUACAAGGAAACUGUUUCCAAGGAGACAUUUUGUAAUUAAACAUUACAUUUAAUUGCUAAAAAGUUUCUUUGAAAUUGUAAGUAGCUACAUACUAUGCAAACAAAGCAAUGUGGGGUGCUAUUUGUCUAUGAAAAGAAGUGAAAGGAGCUAUAAAAUAGCAUUUCCAAUCUGGAUUAAUCACUUUCAAUUGCUACAGUGUACAAUAUAGUAUUUUCUUAAUGCUUUCUCAAUUCAACCUUACAUUAGACUCUUCUAAAAAUAUAUUUGCUAACCAAUGACCUAUAUUGCACACUUCUUAAAAUGGUUUAAACUGUAUUAUUACAAAAUCCAGGUGUUACGUCAGGUUUUGAUUAUUAGCACCUUUUUUUCUGCAUAGACAUAUUCUAAAUAAGUAACUUUUUAAUUAUGCCAAUUAAUGCUUCAGCAACUAUAGUUCAAAGAUCUCAUUACAUGAGAAUGGAAUAUGUUACCUCUCCCUGUCUCUCUGUGGCUACGUCUACACUAUGAGUUUGGGUGUAAUUUCCAGCUCAAGUAAACACAUUUGUGCCAGUUCCCAUCAAGCUAGCAUGAGCUGUGCCUCCACUGUCUGUGCUAUGGUGGCUACAUGGCUAUUUAUACUCAUGCUAGCGCAAGUAUGUGUAUGCAAGCUGGGAAUCACACUCCUAGCUCAUAGUGUAGAUAGAUGUAGCUUUUAUGGAACAUGUACUGGGUUAGGCUCUCUCCCCACCCCCCAUUCAUCCUGAGUGGUUGUCUUUGGCUACAGUCAUGUUACAGCCCAAACAAAAUAUAGAUUUGCCAGAUUGCUAAAGAGCCUUAGCUAUUUUUCAUUCGCACUAGGAGCUGUCUCAUAUAAAUGUAUUGCUAUUUUCUUUACCCAUAUCUGAAUAUAAAGCCAUUUGUUUCAUAAUAAUGUAUCUGUUCAGUUAAUUGUGUGAUCAGGAAAAUUCAUAACCUUUGAUUAUACACAUUUCAGAAUUUUCUGUUCUUCUGUUUACAUAUGUAUGCCUAAUUAUAAAUAAAUA